UCAUCGAUACUUCAUCAAUUGUGUGUCCAUACAUUGAUGGUCAUGAUUGAUUGUUUAACCAAUCCCAGGUCCAUUAACCAAUUCAUACAUCGAUUGAUUAAUUUAUCCAUUGUCAUUGUGAUCGACCGUCUGCCUCCUCCGUCCAUUACCUCGUCCAACACCACCAAGCAUCACCCAAUCAAUGAUCAAUCCUGAGUCUGUCGAGAAGAUAGCCAAUUGCCAUCAUAACUGUCAUCACAAUGGCUACGACAACGUGCAUGAUGACAUCAUUUUUAUUCAAGCCAAAAGCAAACAGACCUCAGGAGAUCAUUCGCUCCAUGCACAACUGCCUUGCUACGUUAGAAUCCUGUGACGAAAAGGACUUGAAGAGCGCAGAGAAGGCUCAGGAAGAACUGAUGAAGCUAUUGCUGGAGAUGAAGGCGGCCCUCUUAUCGGAUGCAAACGAGGAGCCCUCUUAUGAAGUUAUGGUGGAUAUCACCUAUGGGAUGCUGAAUGACAGAUUCUUGCAUUCGUUCAUCCGCUGCCUUCCCCUUAUGUCGCUGGAGGCUCGGAUGGAGGCCACACAUGUGCUGUGCAAGCUGCAAUGGAAUCAGAUCGAUGGGCGGCAUAUUGUAGUGGAGUACAUGGAGGAGAACACCGACCUCAUCGACCUUCUCGUUUCCGGAUUCGAGAACAAGGAUUCGGCGUUGUUCUGCGGGAGAAUACUGCGUGAGUGCUUUCAUCAUACAGCCCUUGCCAGCUACGCAUUACAGUCAACGAGUAUUAUGUCCCGCUUUUUCUCCUACAUCGAUCUGCCAAAUUUCGACGUGGCCGCCGACGCGCUGCUGACUUUGAAGGAGCUCAUGACUAGGCACAAGACCCUUGUUGCUCUGUACCUGUCCAAGAACUUCGCCUGGUUCUUUCACCAUUUCGGCCAACUGCUAUCCUCGUCGAGGUACAUCACCAAGAGACAAGCUAUACAGUUUCUCGGAGACUUGUUGCUUGACCCGGCUUACGCGGGAAUCAUGAUGGCGUACGUCAACACCGCGUCAAACCUGCGCGUCAUAAUGAAUUUGUUGAAGGAACCCUCAAAGUCUAUCCAAGUAGAGGCCUUCCAUAUCUUCAAAGCUUUCGUCGCGAACGAACGGAAAAGCGAAGAGGUCAAGCGCAUUCUAGUGUCGAACAAAGACAAGCUGCUGGAAUUCCUAGUUGACUUCAAUACCGACAACGACAAUCCGAAUUUCGCUGAGGACAAAGAUGAAGUGCUGAAUGAGAUCAGGAAAUGGAAGCCUUUAACCAAUUAGGCUAAUUAGCCCUUUUCUUUUGGUUACGGGCUUCCCGCCCCCCAACCCCCCUUUUCUUCUUUUUCCCUUUCGGAAUCCAGUCUAAAAUACUGCAAUUUCAUGGAUGAUAAGAGCAUCACAUUACCCAAAAUGGAAACCUGUCAACAACAUUCGCAGGCUUUUUUCGGUGCAAAAUUUCUUUCUCUUUUCACUCCAACUUAUCACCAGGGCCACAAUACCCUAUGAUAAAAUUCCUUAACCCCC